AUGAACUGUGGAGAACUUACCACAGAAUGUAGUAUGCCGAAAGAGGAAGACUCAAAAAAAUGGAAACAUCUUGAUGGAAUUAAAUUCCCUUGCAUAAAGGAUAAAGAGGUGAUGCUACUGAUAGGAAGUGAUGUGCCAGAGGCAUUCUGGGUAAUAGAAAAGAGGCGUGGUGGUAAGAAAGAGCCAUACGCAACAAAGUCACCAUUGGGGUGGACGUUAAUUGGACCAACCAAUUCAAAGCAAGGUAGACCCAAUUUGAAGGUGAAUUUUGCUCGACGUGGUCACGGUGAUGAUCAACUUAUGGAACAAUUGGAGAGAUUCUGGAAGACAGAUAGCAGUGGAUCUGUUUUUGAAGAUAUCGAGUUAGGCGAAUCAAUUGAAGACAAGAGAGCAAGGGCUUGUAUGGAAGAGUCAACAGUUAAAGUAAAUGGUCACUACCAACUCGGGCUUCCAUGGAAAUAUGAUGAACCAAUCUUACUAGACAAUAGGAAGAUGGCAGAUAAAAGACUACAGUGUCUGAAGGGGCGUUUCAUGAGAGACAAAGCGCUUCAUGAAAGUUAUUCUACUACGAUGGCAGACUACAUAGAUAAUGGGUUUGCAGAGGAAGUGAAGGCCAAGCAACCUGUUGUAGAAAGGAAAGAAGUAAUGUCAAACAAGACAUGGUUUCUACCUCAUCACCCUGUGAUAAAUCAACAUAAGCCUGGCAAAGUUCGGAUAGUGUUCGACUGUGCCGCCAAAUAUAAAGGUGUAUCACUCAACAGUCAACUAUUGAGGGGUCCAGAUUUCACAAAUAACCUGGUAGGGGUUUUAACCAGAUUUCGUCAAGAUAAAGUAGCGCUGGUCGCUGAUAUACAAUCUAUGUUUCAUCAGGUAAAGGUGUCCCCUGAAGACUGUGGCGCUCUUCAAUGUCUUUGGUGGCCGAAUGGAAACUUCAUGGAAGAACCCAAAGUGUAUCGGAUGCUGGUACAUCUGUUUGGUGCCACAUCCUCACCAAGUUGUGCAGGAUAUGCGUUGCGGAGAACAGCAGCUGACAAUGAAUCGGAACAUAACGUUGCAGCAGUAGAAACUGUAAGAAAUAACUUUUACGUUGACGAUUGUUUAAAAUCGGUUAAAACUACUGAGGAGGCUAUUGAACUGUCUAGUCAGCUAAGGGAACUCUUAGCUAAGGGGGGAUUCAGAUUGACUAAAUGGCUUAGCAACGAUCGUCAGGUUCUAGAGAAGAUACCCAAGUCAGAAACAGCAGCAACAGUAUUUAACUUGGACUUACAGGAGCUACCAGUUGAGCGAACACUAGGUGUUUCAUGGAACGUGGAAACUGAUAAAUUCACAUUCAACGUCAAGGUUAAAGAAAGGCCAAACACGAGAAGAGGUAUCCUUUCUACAACAAGUUCUGUGUAUGAUCCUUUGGGAUUUGUGGCCCCAUUUAUCCUUGUCGCGAAAAUGCUGCUGCAAGAUAUCUGUACACAAGGUUUAGGGUGGGACCAAGAAGUAAGCUCGCAGGAUUUGAGUAGAUGGACCCAUUGGUUAGAAGAACUGCCACAGUUGAGGAAUGUCUCUAUAAACAGAUACACAAAGUCAAACCCUGCAGAUGAGGGAUCAAGAGGAAUUCAUGCUUGCGAGAUCACUGAGGAUUGCAGGUGGCUUAGAGGUCCUGAAUUUUUGUGGAAGGCAGAUACAGAGUGGCCAAUUAUGCCAGUGAGCAUCGAUAACAAAGAUCUUGAGUUCAAAACUCCACCUGUACAUAGUUUAGCAUGCCGAGCAACAAUGAUGGAUGUAAUACUUAGGUAUUCAACUUGGACCAAGUUACUGAAGGGACUGGCUUGGCUGCUGAAAUUUAAGAAAUAUCUACUUAAGAAGAGAAAGGGAUCCGACGCUGGUACAUUGCCUCACACUCUGUCACUUAAGGAACUAAAACAGGCAGAAAUGGAAAUAAUUAAGCUUGUUCAGCAUCAGGAAUUUGGAGAUGAUCUGUGCUGCAAAAAUCGAGGCAAGUCCAUUCAGAAGCUAAACCCAGUCGUAAUCGAUGGAAUUUUGCGAGUAGGAGGGCGAAUAUGUAAUGCUCCGAUCGACUCCGACCUGAAACACCCCAUUAUUCUACCAAGUAAUCACCAUGUAACCGAGUUACUGAUCCAAUAUCAUCACUUGAUAGUUGGACAUUCAGGUGCAGGCAUGACAUGGUCAUCUUCGCGAGAGAGAUACUGGAUAAUUAAGGGUGGUGCUACAGUACGUAAGGUGAUUGGCAACUGUUUUGCAUGUAAACGAAGAAACACCCCUCGUGUACAACAGAUGAUGGGAGAACUGCCAGCUGUGAGGGUAACUCCAGAUAAACCGCCAUUUACAUACGUAGGCAUUGACUAUUUCGGUCCACUUUAUGUGAAACAAGGGCGUAGCAAGGUUAAGCGCUAUGGUUGCAUUUUUACCUGUUUAACACUGAGAGCUGUACAUAUUGAACUGGCUAACUCGUUGGACACAGAUUCAUUUCUAAAUGCUCUGAGAAGGUUUAUCGCCAGAAGGGGCAAACCCGAGAAAAUAUAUAGCGAUAAUGGUACAAACUUCCAUGAUGCGGAUAGAGAACUUAGAGAGAAUCUUAAAAUACUAAAGCAGCGGAAAAUAGAGAACUUUCUCCACGAAAGGGAGAUCGAGUGGGUUUUUAACCCUCCAACAGCGAGUCACAUGGGCGGUGCUUGGGAGCGGUUGAUAAGGUCGACACGCAAGAUUCUGAAGAACCUCCUUGGCGAACAAGUCGUCUGUGACGAAGUUCUAGCAACCGUAAUGACAGAGGUGGAAGGAAUACUUAAUGCAAGGCCAUUAACAGAAAUUAGCCUUGAUGCAAGAGACUGUGAACCACUUACGCCAAACCACUUAAUUCUAAUGAAACAGAGUCCUAGCUUACCACCAGGUGUUUUUGAUAAGAAGGACUAUGGUAAAAGGCGAUGGCGGCAGGCGCAAUAUCUUGCCUCUAUAUUCUGGAAGAGAUGGCGUAAGGAGUACCUUCCUCUACUUCAAACUAAACAAAGGUGGACAACACCAAACAGAAACAUAAAGGUUAAUGACUUAGUCUUAGUCGUGGAUGAUAACGCACCACGUGACCAAUGGCCAUUAGGGAGGGUCGUAAAGGUUUUCCCAGGGAAAGAUGGUAUGGUGCGUCAAGUAGAAGUGAGGUUGGGCUCUAAGGUUCUGAUGAGGCCAGUGGCCAAACUAUGUUUGUUAGAAAGGGCAAAUACCGAUUAA